CGAUGAAUAAUAAAUAUGUUUUCUAUAAUAAUUUCCGUGAUUGCUCUUCUUCUUGAUCUCUGACGGAGGAUGUUGUUAGCUUCUUCUUCUUCCUGUUGUUUUAUAGAAAUACACCGAGGUUAUGGAUGCAAUAGAAUCCUUUUCUCACGCAAUUGUCACGCUUGUAAAGUAUCAAAGUCCUCUUUUUCUGGUUUUCUUUUGAAAAAAAAUGCAAGUUUAUCGAGGCGUGUCUUGACACAAGUUUGUACAGCCAAGGUAUCCAGUUCUGAAGCACAAAAAGAGGCCGAAGAAAGGAUGAAAAAGUCCCUUGAAACUGUGAAGAAUAACUUGUCAACUUUAAGAACAGGAAGAGCCAAUCCUGCACUUUUGGAUAGACUAACGGUGUCCUAUUAUGGAACGGAAACUCCGUUGAAAUCGUUGGCUUCAAUUACCGCAUCUUCGGCAACAACGUUGACAAUAGAGCCUUAUGAUAGGAGUUAUGUGAAAGAUAUUGAAAAGGCCAUAGCAGAGUCAGAUUUAGCACUCACACCGAAUAAUGAUGGGAAAAGUAUACGAUUGGAACUUCCUCCUCUUACCGAGGAAAGACGGAAGCAACUUAUCAAAUCAGUGAAGCAGUUGACGGAAGAAGGAAGAGUAGCUGUGAGAAAUAUUCGACGUGAUAUUAUGGACAAGUUGAAGAAACUUGAAAAAGAUGGUGAAUUGGGAAAGGAUGAAAUGAAGUCCAUACAAGACGACAUACAGAAACUAACAGAUAAAUAUAUAAAGUUGAUGGAAGAAAAGGCAAAGGAAAAAGAAAAGGACUUGAUGAGUUUUUAGUUGGAUAAUUCAAAAUAGGCUAUUCGUCGAGUCAUAAUAAAAACAAAGUCUGAUUGGGGGAUUUGAAGU